UACUCCGGCUGCAUGUUCAAACUUGACGACAGCAGCAACAACAACAACCACCACAACAGCUGGUUUAUGACAUCAUGAACGACACACAUCCUUCACACACCCACUGCUAAUUGCUUUUGCUAUAUAUCACUAAUUCACUCCUCAUUUUAUCAUUACACAUUAAAGGUUCCACUCACACUUGCUGCUCUCUCUCAUCAAACUUCAAUUAUUUUUACUUGUUUCCUGUUAUUUAAUAUAUUUCUAGUUUCUCAACUGAUUUCCCCCUCAACCUUCAAAUCGCAGCUAAAAAAAUUUGAAAUUGUUUAACUGAGAAACUUUUCCAUGUUUUUAUUAUUUCCCAACUUAGUAAUAUUUCUGUGUUGGUAUUGUCAGCUGGGGCAUGUAUAAACACGACACCACCGGUCACUGGUUUAUCUACUAUAUUUUAUAAGACAAACAACACCAGUCUGAACCUAUUCUCUCUCUCUCUACACCAAAUAGUUGUCUUUAUUAUCUAAAGAGGUGGCAGCAUUACGAUCGCCACUCGCCUCAGCUUGCUUCUUGGAAUCGGAUUUGCUCAGACAAGAAUGACACCAGAUCACUAAUCACUAGUUCCGUACCUCAGUGGAGAAUAGGGAAAAAAUAGUUGUUUUGAAAAAAGACUGUAAAAAACAAAUCUCCAACAAGAAAGCAGCUUCUGUUGUCACUUUUUUGGUCGACCGUUAACAUAUGAAACUUCGUCUUUUGACGGUGCAGCUGAGAUAUUCAGGGGUUCUGUGACCCUUAGCCUAACUUCUUUGCAAGUACACAUCCAUCGUCUUAAGAAUGCCUGGGGUUGCCAAAUCUACUCGCAGUGUUGGUAUUGGAGUAAACCUGCUCCCUCGAGCGAUAAUUACAUCCUACUAUGUGAAAGAUCUCUGUGGUGUCAUGGAAAACCAUCUAGCUGAUGACCAUCAGAAACUGUUACCAGCAGAAGGUAGCUCUGUUUCUACACCAACAGCAGAGACUGCCUCUCAACAGAGACUAUUACCAACAGAUGGCAGUUCAGUCACAUCUUCAGCAGUGUCAGACUCUCAACAGAGACUGUUACCAGUAGAGGGCAGUUCAGUUUCCACGACAACAUCUGGGGCAGCCUCAUCAGCGGAAAAACCAAACUCGACCAAACUUUAUCCCAAACCAGAAUUCUUGAAACUGCUUCAGUCUGUUGGUGCAACAGGGAAAGCUUUUAGCAUGUCUGAGAUUAUUCGUUACUUGAAGAAAUACAUAUCAUCCCACAUGUUGUAUGAUCCUCUCAAGCCCUGGUUGGUUCACUGCAGUAAUGAUAAAUUGGGCAAAGUUUUUCGUCGCAAUCAUUUCACCGUUGUUGAUGUCAGAGGUCUGCUUUACCAAAAUGUUACAUUUUCAAAUAAAUCAAACAGUUUUAACAGCAAUGAGGAGGACUCCUGUGACAGUGAUGCCACGGAAAUCCUUGAUGUUAGUAAAUCUGACUCAGAACACACAUCACCACAAAUGAUGUUACCACGUGAUGAUGUUAUCACAAGUUCAACAUCAGAACCAGUCAAUCUUGGCCAAAACUCUUCACCAUUGUACAGUGUGAAACCAUCUUUUCUGGAGAUUCUCCAUGUUGCUGGUGCCAAGGGCUAUAUGUUUACAGAAAAAGAGAUCUUUAGAUAUUUAAAACAUUAUAUUUGGUCGCGGAAAUUGUUUGAUCCAGAACAACCUUGGAUUUUCCUAUGUCGCAAUGACAGAUUAGCAGAUGUAUUUAAAUUAGAAAAAUUCAUAAUUUAUGAUGUUCCAUCUCUUAUUGCCAAAUAUGGAAUAGAAAGCCCAGAAUAUCGUCCAAAACUCACAAAAAGACUGAACAGUGAAGAACUAAAAGAAAUGCUAGAUACAAAUAGCCGUCUGACUUCUCAUUCUUCUGCUCCUGGCCAAAUGCAAUCUACACCUUCGGACAUUACCAGUAGCACCUCAGAGACCACGACCACACAAACAAGUUCUUCAUUAUUAGAAGAGUCGUUGAGGGCUUCAACCAGCUGUUCCCCAUCGACCAGCUUUACCUUGACUCUGGAAGUGAAUAAUGAAAAUGAAGUAUUGAGUAUUGAAAGUGAAGACCCAGUGGAAGAUGUCUAUGUAGAGUAUGAAGUUAUGUCCAAUACAUCAAGUGUUCAAGCCUCCGACAGUGAAGACGAACAACCACAAGUAGCUAUGGACAUGUUGGUGAUAUGUCAAGACAGUGAUAUGGAAUUCUGGGCUGAUCUCAGUGAAAAUGGCUCUGACUCUGAUGUGGAGCUAUCUGAAGCUGACAAAUGGUGCUGCUCCAAAUGUCAUGCUUAUAAUUCUCCUAUACAUCGACUCUGUGAUAUAUGUUGGACCAUACGGCCUGGCUGGCUCCCUAAUUACGACAGUCAGAAGAAUUCAAAUGAAGAUACAGAAUCUACUGAUGAACUUACCAAUUGUGGGGAAAGUGGCGUGAACGUGAAAACUGAGAAGUCAUCGACAUCAGAUGACUAUCCAAUAGAUAAAGUGUGUCAAAUUCGCAAUACCCUGUCUAAUAUUUGUUAUUACUCAGAAACAGAUAUUCCAGCACGAAGAACACGAAACCAAACUGGCAGCAGGAAAAGACGAUUAACAUCUGAAUCCGAAGAGAGUGAUAUAUCUGGUAAAAUACGGCGUUUAACUUCACCAGAGAAACUCCCUACACCAGGAGUGUGUUUGAUAUGUUCACAAAACCCAAGGGAUGCUUCUUUAAUACAUGGUACCUCUGGUCACCAGAUUUGUUGUCUCACAUGUGCAAAGAAAUUAAAACGUAAAGGGCACAAAUGUCCUAUUUGUCGGCGCACUAUUCAAAAAGUUGUCCGAAAUUAUUUGACAUGAAACACUAACAAAUUAUCAUUUUGGCUGUGAUUUAUAGAAUUUAUAUUCAUCCAAUCUAGAUAUUUACCUGACCAAAUUGUUUAAUGUUUCCUUCAAUUGGGUACAUCUUGCUAAGGUUAUUUAUUUCUAUCUUCUGCUCAUCUCAGUACAACACAUUGAUGACUUUUCAAAACAAUUUUUUUACCAAAACAACAAAAAUUAUUUAUAUGAAGAAAAAAAAUUGAACAUACAGCAAAAAUAUUCUCCCUCCCCAUAAAAUUUGAAAAAAUUGUUUAAUAAUAAAUAGUGAUAUAUUGACACUUAGAUCAUAUCAUAAAUGAGGUCAUUCACUGCUAUAACAUUGAAGUAAUGUGUUAUAUUGAUAAACUCCUAUAAGUAUAUGAUACCAGAUCUAUGCACUGCUGAAGUCAUGUAUUAUAGAUGUCUUUAUCAGACAGAUUUUAAUACAUUUUUAUUCUGCAACUGAGACCAAAAUUCUGUUCAAAAUUGUUUUCCCUCUCUACCAUAUUGAAUCUGGGACCAAAAUAAAGAAACAUGCAUAUAACAGUGUUACAAACUCUCUUGCUUCAAACAAGUAGUAUUACAAAGAUGCUCGUUAAAACUUUUGAAAUAUUCUACAAGACUACCCACAGAAUCAUUGUAUAUACAACCCGGCAUAUAAUAUUACCAGAUUGGACACAAUUAAUUUAAGAAUAACCCCUCCACACACAAACCACACUCUAUUGUCCUCCCCUUUGAAAUAUUCUUCAAAUUUUUUAAAGAAUUUCUUUCCAAAUGUCAUUUAAUGAAGAAUUUUUAUUUCACUGUCCAUAAACAGAAUGUUUCUAGAAAUGUCAGCCCUUUAUUAUUUAUAAAAAGAACUUGU